GGAAAUUCGUGGUUGAAAUAGUGGAAACACAAUCUUCCUUCAUCAAUGCCAAAAUGGCUUCCAGUGUGGCGUUUGCCACAUUUUUGAUGUUCUCUGUUUUGGUGUUUCAAAACGUAGUAUUUAACAAUCAUGGCAUGGUUUCUGAGGCGAAAUUAAUGACAGAACGUUCUGCUUCCGCUGCUUUUACACUGAAAGUUCUUUAUUGGUAAGUAGUGCCUAGUUUAAUUCGUCUAGUUCUACAAUCCAAGGCAAACAUUUUGUAUGAAGCAUGUUUAUUAUUUACCCGGCGUACUUAAUCGAUCAAAUCGAUAAUCGAUGAGUAUCGAUGUCAAUCAAUACCAAUCGAUAUUUAUUAAUCGAUUGAUAUUAAGAAUCGAUGAUUAAUCGAUGGCUUGUUUUGCUGUGACUUUCAUCGAUUUUUUAUUGAUUUUCAUUGAUGAAAAAAUCCUCUGUUAAUAUGCAUGUAAUCAAACAAGUAACACCGUAAUUUAAUUAAUACGCCCAACUGGAUAUUUAGUAAAUAUAUAGAAAGCAUCAAAAAUAUUGCUCGGCCGCGCAAUACAAACUUUCCACACUGGUUAAUACAUACUUUAGGGGUCCAUAUUCAUGUUGCCACGCAUAACGUCGAAUCGACGUUAACACUCAAACCCACCCACCCUAAAUAACGUCGAGCGUGGCAGUCAUAUUCUUCAAAACUUUCACAAAAUUGUCAUUUUGCCACGAGAUUAUCGAGAUAACGUCGAGAGAAUUUAGAUAAACCCACCCACUCAUAACGUCGAUUCGACGUUAUGCGUGGCAAUAUGAAUAUGGACGUGACCCCUUAAUGUUGUAUAUAACAAAACAAAUGUGAACGGAAUUCAGUAAUGUUCAAUGGAUUAAAUUUAGUUUUUAUUGGCUAUAAAGAUCAAAUAUAUGUGUACCUUCGAAAAAUGGGAACAUAUUUACAAUUUAGCUCAAACAUGGCGACUAUUUAGGGUACUGGUAUAAAUCGAUAAAAUCGAAAGCAUUUUGUCGAUACUAAUCAAUAAAUAUUGACGAAAAUCGAUAAAAUUUUUUGUGACUAUCGAUUGGCCAUCGAUUGACAUUGACCUAACGAUAUCAAUUAAGUAAUUAACAUCGAUUACCAUCAAUUGAUCAACUGGAUUUCCAUCAAUUAAGUAUGAAGUCAUAGAAUACCGUCUUUACGAUUUCAAACAUAGAUGAGGCCUUUUUUCAUCAUUCAUUAUUUUUAGAAAUGUGUUAAAAUUGGUCGAACAUCAAUAGACCCGUUCAGUAAUAUACUUUAUAUAAUAACUAUAGUGAAACAUGCAAUUUGAUUGGUCAACAGCCGUGCAGGAUUGGACAAUCCUGCACGGGAAAUUCUGAACAGAAAUUCUUGCACAUAAUUUUACAAGUAUGCUUCCAUUGUAAAGUUUCAUUGUACCAUACCUUUCGACUUUGAAGUAAGUUUGCAAUUAUUGAGUCGUUGGUUUAGUUGUAUGAAUAAAUUUCUGAUCGAUACUUUGCUGUUCAGCAAGUACUGUAGCAACACGUAGCGUUGAAAUUCAUCAGACCAUGGCAUGUACAACAUCUCUCGCUUCAAAGUUCAAAUGCUUCGCAAUCUUCAAGUAUUCAGGUCGAGAAUCUUCAAAACUACUUUGGCUCUCUGUUUAGCGGGUUUUCCAUUUCAAAUUUCGUACAUUUUAUCGAAAAAAUCUCUGUAUUUUCGCUGUAUAUUUUUGCGAAUUUGCGAUCAAAUUCUGUUCACAUUUGUUGUUGUUUUCAAUAGCGUGGAGUAGCGAUUCUCUGAUUGGUUAAUUAACGAUUGUUGUGAGAACUGCACAUUUCAUCAGUAAUUUUAAUCAAGUUAACUGUCGUUUCACUGUAGUAACCAAAAACAAUUACCAAAUGGUUUUCCUGUGCAGGAAUCAGGAUAGCAUGAUGCAUGCACUUGGGAUGUUGCUCGACUUUCGGAAAGCGUAAAAAUACACUUGCCUACGGCUCGUGUAUUUUCACGCUUUCUGAAAGUCUUGCAACAUCCUGUGUGCAUGGAUCACACAAUCCUGCACGGAAAACCAUUCGGUAUUCCUUUAGUACCAGCUAUGUUUAAAACUAGGCUCUAUUUAGCCAAUAUUGCAAAAUAUAGACAAAAAAUUUGGCUAUUUAAUUGACUUGUUUUUGUGUCUGGUGAGCCACAAUAUAAUUACUGAAAUUGGCUUAUUAUGUGCAGUACAUGAUAUAAUUUAUGUAGUGACUCAUAAUAAUAAAAAACACCAAUUUAUUGAUUUAUUAAUUAAAAUCAACGCUUUAUUCGAGGGAUUGGUUCCUCAUUACAAUCAGUACGUUGUGGGUAGUAUUCCAGGGUGUUAGCUAGCCGGACUCUUCCCAAUUGAAGUAGCUAACGAGCUUUCCCAACUUGGUCUGCUGGAAGAUUUUCAUUUUUUCUGAUGAAAAAGUGCAUUGCGUUUGAUUUUAUAUUAUUAUAUCAAAGAACGUUUUAUUUACUUUUUCCCAUUAACUAUUUUCUCAAAAUGUAUCGCGUUCCAUUCAUAUUGGGUGUGUAUUCACUGAAAUGAAAUGUACAAAACAAAGUAUGAUCAGUGUGCAUCUGUGUUCAUUCACCGGAAAUGAAAUAUACAAAACGAAGUGCCAUCGGGUGCAUAUUUCAGGGUUCAUUCACCGGAAAUGAAAUGUACAAAAUCUGCAUCUAAGGAGAAACACGUUGGAAAAAACACUAUUUAUUCCUACGCAAGGACUUUGAUCGGUCAAAAAAACUUUCCAAAUUUACGUUUAACGGACAAAACUUUUUUUCUGGCUAACACCCAGUAUUCAUCCUUCUCGUUUUGCAAAUAUUUCCCGCAGAAAAUGCAAAUACUGUAGGUUUAACUUCAGCAAUAUUCAUAAACAAACGUGAUGUCGUCUAGAUUUCAUUGCAAACACACUUUUGCCUAGCAAGUUUAAAUCGAGGUCAAUCAAUCAUUAAGGCGGCUCCCCACAUUAAUUAAGGAUUAAUUGCAUUAAGGAGGCUCCCUACAGUUAUUAGCAGAAUUUGAAGAUGAUUUAGUCAGAUGUCAUUCUUGCAUCGUGUACAUGAAAAAUUUGUGGUCGUUUUACACAAGCCGAUUCGGCGAAAUAAUUUUUGAGUGCUUAUCUUGAAAAGAACCACACCAGUAGUUUUAAAUUGUACGUAGUUGAAAUUAAAGAGUACAUAGGUUGGUAACCAGUUUUUAAACUUUUGUUUAGUGUGUUUUUCACCUUUUAACGUUUAGUACCAUAUUAUUUUUUAAAAUGUUCAAAAUCUUUGACUUAUCAAAAGUCGAACUAAAUUUAAAACUUGAUUUUUUAAAUCCGCGCUGGACUAUACAAAUAAAUACAUGUCACCGUAAUAUUUAUGCAAUGUAAUAGUUAAUAUCAAGACUUCUUGAAUCGUCUAGUGUUUUGUUUUAUUAUAAACGUACUUGGUAGGGACGCAACUACCUGAAAAAUAUAAGGAGAAUUUCGAGCACAAGGGCCUUCGCUCGAAACGACGAAAUUCUCCUUAUAUUCUUCAGGUAGUUGUAUCCCUACCAACGAAAGCUUGUUCACAUUACUGCUUAGAGGGUUAUUGGAUUAAUCCAUCAAUGUGCAAGACUCUCUCCCCUUGAUGAGUAAAAUUGUCUGGUCUUAGACAGAAUACACUUGAGAAAGUAGGGCACAUUGGGGAACAAUGCAGCUUAAUGGGUAACUCCAGUAGACAUGUGUCUCUGUCUUAUGCCAGGCAAUUUUAUUUGUCAUGGGGAGAGUGCUGCCAGUGCCACUCAACAGGUUAAGCUGCAAUGUUAUAGUGAUGCCUUAUAAUUACUUCAUUUGCAUUUUUUUACAGUUACUCCUGAGGAUACCGAAGGGUGUUUGAACAGUAUUCACGGUUCUUACACCAACAGUAUCCCCAUUUAUCCAUAGUUGGCGACAACUAUCCCCCACCACUUGUAAAUCAAUACCUGGCUGGAUUUAUCAGUGUUAGUAAAAUGGCACUGAUUUUACUCAUCAUAUUGGGCGAUAGAGUGCAGCUUUUUGAAUCAUUAAACAUUCAACCACCUGAUAUCUAUCUGUGGGCAAAACAAAACAAGGUAAUUAGUAUUAUGUGGUUAUAAUAGAGCUGUGUAAACUCCGGUUAUUUUAUCUCCGGCUCCAGCAGUCAAAACCCUGGCUUUGGCAAGGAAUUUUUAAGGAAUUUUCAUAUUUAAAAGUGGAAGCAGGCAAAAGUAUUUCAGUGCAAUUUCAGAAUUUAUCUUUUUUAAACACCUUUUUACACCACUAUUAAGAGUAAACAACAUAGUAAUAUAUAGUAAAACAACAUAUAAAUAGUAGUAUACAUAUUAGUAAACAACAACUUAAUUUUUCCAUUUAAUACCAAAUGUUUAUUGAAAUAUGAAAUAAUUUUUCAUAAUCUUGUCUGUCAGAGUUUUCCGCCUCCAGAAAAAUAUCCAGCGCACAGCUCUAGGUUAUAUGCCGAGAACUAUACAGUAUAGUUGAGCAUAAGGUGAAAAAUUGUUUGGUAUAAAUUGGUUGAAUAAUGAUGCACUAAAUACAGUGUUUCAUAACACCUUACAAAAUGCUACUACAGUACCAUACAGGCAUACAAAUAGAACCAUGGCUGUUAAAAAUUGACUAAUCAGCUUUGGAAGGAUGUGCUGGAUACUGCUUUGCCGAAUACUGGGUAGUAUACUCUGUUUAGUUCGCUAUUUAAUUCAUAUAACUCGUUCCUCACUCGGCGAUUACUAAAGACUGUUUUUUCACACUAGAUUUUAUGAGUUUUAUCGGCAUGCACCCUAACUAACUGUUUAUCGCUUCACGGGUUUGACAAGUCUACCGCAUCUUCAUCUUGAUCUCCGCUCAUGGACUCGAACAACUCUACCGGAUCCUGGUCUGCUGGUCAGGGGAAAGUAACUAGAUUACGGAUAAUAACCAGAUACUCACAUGUGGUGACUAGGACAACACUUCACUAUUUUUCCUCAUAUUAUUAAUAUAGCUCAUUGUUUAUGUAGUAUGUGCUGUAAUCUCUUUAUCCAUUCAUUUAUAUAAUACAAUUUAUGUAGUAAAGCGAUUGGAAUGCCUUCAACGCGGCUAUACUGUAGUAUAGGUCUGAUAGCCGAAAGCUUGUCGAAUAAAAAUAUUUGGUCAGAGAACAUUUGAAUUUUUAAAAUAUAUUUUUUCCGUUAAGAAAUUUUGAAACAGAAACAACCACUAGGUCUAGGUGUGUCACACAUUAAAACUACGAAGCAAAAGUUUUUCGUGAAAUAAACUCCUCCCUGACUCUGGCAUCUGCUGUGAACAGUGAACUGUACACGUGAUCCAUGCACGAAGGAUGUCGCGAGACUUUCGGAAAGCGCAAAAAUACUCGAGCCGCAGGCGAGUGUAUUUUUACGCUUUUCGAAAGUCGAGCAACAUCCCAAGUGCAUGGAACACGCUAUCCUGCUUGGAAAACCAUUUGGUAAUUGUUUUAUCAAAUAACUACAGUGAAACAAUGACAUUUUGAGAAUCCUGCGAAGGCAUUUUAAUUCCUCGUGCAGGAUGGCCUGAUCCUGCACGGCUAUUGACCAAUCAAAUUGCGUGUUUCACUGUGGUUAUUAAUUAUUAUAUAAUAUAUACAGUAUCAUAUACUGUAUGCAUCUGAUUGGGUGAUCGAAUAUAUCAAACACGUCUGAUUGGUAUAAAUGGUCUUUUUAAUGGUAGCGGUAGUGGAAUUCAAAUCUGAACAUCUCUAAUACGUAUAGCAGUCUGCUAUAGAUCAAAUUCGGCCAAAUAUGUCCAUCCCGGUCAGGUGGGAUAAAGCCUUCUUAUGGAUGAUUUUAUCCCACUUGAGUGAGACCCCACCUAUACAUAUACAGUAGCGCAAGGCGAGAUCACACCUAGCCAAACAAGCCGAACUGGCUCGUUUCUCAUGUGAACACAACUCGAAUCUUACUGUAUAUGCGUUAGACCAGCUAACUGGAAAUGUUCCCGGUUAACUGGGCUCAUACAGUAUACACGAUAUGAACAGGUCCUAAGUAUAAAACUGUUCGCUCGUUAUUCUACGAAUCAUAAUCUGACUUGUAAUCUUGCGUUGUUAGAUGUAUGCUGUCAUGCUAAUUUUCUUUCUGGCUAAUGCUAUUGAAGGACAACUUAUCUCAACUGGUGCAUUUGAAGUGGAACUUAAUGGUAAAUAUUUAUUCGCUGCACAUUUACAGGGUGCGAUAAUUCAAGAUUUUUAUCAAAGAAUUUGAGACUCAAGGUAUACCUACUUUUCACGAUAAAGUACAGAUAGGCCUACAUAAAGCACAGUUGUCUAAAAGGUAUUAUUUAUUCAAUAACCGGAAACUACAAGUUAGAACAAAAAGAAGCUCAGUUGCGUCAAACACAUGCAAUUAACCUUUCUCACGAAGGCCAAAAUCCGCCAUUAGACAACUCAAACAACGUGAAAAGAGACUUUUAAAAGUUGUAACUGUAAAUUUACCAUUAUACAAACAACUAAAAUACUAAAAAGUUGUAUUUCGUGAUGCGGAGACUCUCUAACGUGGGAGAGGCAGUGCCCCAAAAAUGGCGGGAAAAUUGGCCGUGAGAAAGGCUAAUUGACUCCAACAUUCCUUAUACUUAGUCUCGUCUCAUACUAUCAGUACUCUGCUAUCAGUCCAAUCAUACUUCAUGCCAGAACAUGUCGGAUGUACGGACAUUUGAACACCUUGGAAAGCUUGCUUGUCAUAUAUGAUUUAGAUUUGGGCGCACCUCUUUAUAUCUGUUUGCCGUAGCAGGAAAUAAUAAUACUUUUGUUUCCGGAAUCCUAAGGCCUGUUUUAUACGUCGUAUUUUGGUCGCGUCGAUUGCAAUUCGUGAUUCCCCUUAUUACGUUUUCGUAGCGCUUUGCAUUGUGGUUAUAGUGGUAUCACUGAUAUUCAAGAUGGCUUGUUUUUUGUCCUGACCCGUGCAAGAACUUUUAAAAAAAGCGUCAGGUGCGCGAUAUCCAACAGCAAAAUAUUCGCGAAAACAUUCAAUAUUUUCAUUUCAAGGCUCUUGCCUCUAUAAGACCAGUGGUACUUGGUUCAAAACAAAGACGUACUGUAAUAUUGGCAUACUACUGUACCUAUCGUACGUAUGUAAAUACGCGAAUUAUAUCGCAUCCUGGGUUUAGCUUUUUAACCAUUAAUAUUCAAGAGGGUUUUCUUGGACCAUACAUCCAUGCACACUCCAGUUAGCUUUAUAUACAAUAUAUCUGGAGCAAGAACUUCAGUCAUUCGGCCUAUGAGAAAAGUGAAGCUAUAACAAAUCUAUGAAGGUCGUAAACAGUUUAAUGCCGAUUUUUCCCAAGCUAAAUUAAUCUACAGUAGUUUUUUUUUUCCAACGGACCGUAUCGCUAAACAGGUUAUCAGGUUAUUAAACCAUACAAGAGUAUUGUUCUUUAAAUCGAGGUCAAAUACGAAAACUCGACACCCGCGCAUGUUGACUGCGCAGACAAUAGAAAAGGGACUGAAAAGUUGUGACGUCCAAUAGCUCCAUCUUGGCACUUUUUGGACUCGAGUUGUCAUUCCAGUUAUAUGUGAAGCUCACUGGCACGCGCAUACAACCUCAAUCGGGUACAAUUCCUUAGUUUUAGGGGAAACAGUGUAUGGAAAUGUACAAUGGCCGCACGUUUAACCUAUAAAAAUAUAGUUAUUCUUAGUUUUAGAACGUACAUAUUCUUUGUUUUCAGAUAUGCCUGUGUGGUCAAAGUUGGAGUCCGGUCGUUUACCCCAUCAGGAAGAACUAAUUCACAUUAUCAAUGAACAACUUAAAUUUAGAGCUUAAUUGCAAACAUAAAUAGAUUGUAAUCACGAAGUAAGUAUUCAGUUGCUCAAGUUUUUGGUUAACUAUCAGUUUAUUGCCUUUUCGAUUUACCGUAAGAAAACACAUAAUGGGUUAACUGGCAUACGAACUUUCGUUUAUGUCUAGUGGUUUAUUUCGUUUAUGUCUAGUGGUUUAUUUCGUUUAGGGACCGGUCAUAAAGUAACUGCUAGGGUGGGCCGGAGUGAUUUGGGAUGGGCCAUGGAAAAUCUUUGGGCAGUUUCGAUGGGCCGCCAAUUAUUUUUGUAUGUCCACCAAACAAAAACCCAUAUCUAACUUCAUGACUUAUUAUGAUAAAUAUAAUAGCAAAUAAGAUUUUAAAGUCAAACAUAAUACAAAUCUAACAGGGCUGUGACACUGCGCGGAGGGCAGUAGGACAACUUGCCUCCCCGAGAGAAAUUUAACUAAUUUUAUAAUGUGAUUAAUUAUGCUUGUAACAGAUAAUUAUGCUUGUAACAGAUAAUUAUGCAGUCAGUUUAGUUUUGUACAUUGUGUGCCAUUGAUCUGAUCCAUCCAUAUAAUAUAUGAUUAUUGUAGCUGUUAAUAACUAGGGUUAACUAGGUACUUUCCAUACUAAUGAAUUUAGGUAAGAUUGUCUUGCAAGUGGGUUGUUCUGACAAAAUUAUCCAGCCAAUAUCCAGUACAUCAGUACAUGCAUUCAUCAUUCCUGUAUUAAUGCACCUAUCAAUGUUAACCCCGAGGGGGGGGGGGGUCGGGCAAAGGGUGGGGAUUUGAUCAAUCAGGUGGUCCUAUGGGUCGGGAUUUGGACUGACACUUUUUUUCUAAGUGGCCCGAGGGUGGGGAUUUUUGACAGAUUAACACUGAUCUCAGACGAUAUACUGAAGAAACCUGAGCCAAUUUUAGAACAAACUCUGACUCGUCCCCAGUCGCCCUGCGUUGUAGCUGUCAACGCCUAACCCGCGAACGGGCAUAUCCUCCCGCACUAAAAGGUAACGAGGGACUGUGGAAGAGUCAGGAACAAACUGAAGACUGGGCACUAGUUUAUCGCUCGCUGUCUCGCGCGUUGUUUUUACAAGAAAUAUGGAAAUUUCUGGACAAGAAAUAAACACUUAAAAGCCAUUUUAUAAUUAUAUUAAUAUCGAUUUAUACUUGUAUAUUAAAUGUUCACGUUACGUACUAUUUAAAACACGAGUAGGAGUGUGUUUUAUCAGAUAUAAAACGCGAGGCGCACAACUUAAAAUACGAGUACAAAAGAAUACUAAUUAGGGCGAACAAUUAUAUUACAAUAUUAUUAUAUUAUUAUUCCUACAGAGACAGACUAAUAUCCCUAAACUUUCUCCCACUUGAACACAGGCGUGAACUUUAUGACCUAACACUAUUAUACAAAAUCAAAUACAACCUUAUUAAUGUCACCUUUAACCAAUACCUUACACCUGCAACUAACCCCUAUGCCACACGCAACUUCGACCCUAACAACUAUAACAUAAUCGUCUCCAAUAAUCAAGAAUUCUUCCGACAAUCCUAUUUCCCACGCACUGUCAUUCUCUGGAACAAUCUACCACCGAACAUCAAAGCCGCCCAUUCCCUACAGAUCUUCAAGCACCAUCUACAAUCUUAUUACAAAGCCAACCUGUUUACCUACAUACCACCAUAGUUAAUCUUGUUCUAUAAUUCGUUGUACAGUAUCCUAUAUGUUAAGUUCCAUGUAAUCUGUGAUAUGUUCGUGCAUAAUUGUCCUAGUACGUCUCGUUAUCCAUUAAUUGUUAAGGGGUCGAAUAUCAAUUGGAAUUUAGUUUCUGUUUUCUUCUCCUGUCGCAGCAUUCUCUAGUUAUUGUUAUUGUUAUCUCUACGUAAAUGUAUAUCUUUAAUGUGUGUGACAAAAUGAAUAAAUAAAAUAAAUAAAUAAAUAGAAUACUGACAAUAUAAUUAUAUAAGAAUACUGUGUUUUAUUAGCCUGUGUUCCAGUCCACUACACCAUGGUGUGGCGCAAGGUAUAUAAAUUAUUAAUGAGUAUUUUAAGUUAUUUUGAAACGUUCUUUAUGUUUGUUAUACUUUUAAAUUAUACCGCCAAAUGUAUUUGUGUAAUUUCCCUAUCACCUGACAUAUAGAGUGCACGAGAAACCAAAUACUUCAGUAAUACAAUUUCAUCCCGGGGGUGGGGAAUUUGUAAAAAUGUCAAAUCCCCACCCCUUGCCCGACCCCCCCUCCCUCGGGAUUAACAUUGAUAGGUGCAUAAUCUCUAAACAAAAACAUUUAUAUUUAGAAAGCAAAAUGACAAUGUAAUGAGGAGGGAGGGUUAUAUAUAGAGUAUUAGCAUUUGAAAAUGGUUGUAACAAUUUUGUUUAAUUAACUCUAAUGUGUAAAACUAAAAUGUAUAGUAUAAUUUUAACUGAUGACGUCUUUACCUUUAUUAUAAUAACACUACAUUUGAUGACAACUUAGUUGGACUGUUGUUUUGAAUGGAAUUACAGAAAUACAGGACCAGGAUUUAAUUCGAUAUCUCCUGAGAACAUUAGUUUCUUGUGAUAUUGUUAAUUGGCAAUAUAAUGCCUGCAGCCAGAGUUUUGACUGUUUUAAUACACUGUAAAAUAUUACACAAUGAUUGUUUUUAUACUGUAUAAAUGUAUAUAAUAAAAUGUGGUAUUUGACUACUUACCAGAUGAGGAUAAGUUUCCAUGUUGAUAGAUAACUUUGGAAUAAUAUCACAAGUAGAAUGGUGAAAACAAGACAGCCAAUUCAAGAUAAAAUCAAGAUAUUUUUGAAGCCAAAAUAUGGCAAAGAGUAACACAACUUACACGAGGCCAAACUACGCCUGUUCGCAGGUUAGGUGCGAGCACGACGUAAACAAUUGAUGUAAGCUAAUCGCUGAUUGGCUUAAUUAUAUAAGCUCUUCGCUGAAUGGCUAUGGGUAACGUUAAUAGUAAUCUGCUUUGCAGAUACAAAAUAAAGAUAUACACAGCCACAGUAUUGAUAUAUGUUCAUACCUGCAAGUUUUUUUCAUUAUAAAAGUGUAUUUUCCCAAUUUAGAUUGGGUGGGUGGGUCAUGAAAUAAAUUUGGUAAGACUGGAUGGGCUUUGAAAUUUUUAUCUACAUCCUAAGAUGGGUCACCAAACUUAUUGGCAAAAUUUGUGAUUUACCUCCAGCCCACCCUAGCAGUUACUUUAUGACCAGUCCCUUAUGUCUGGUGGUUUAUUUCAACCCGCAUUCCAUUGCGUUCCAGAAAACCGGGAUCAUGUAAACAGCCCCUGACGGGUUGCAACCAAAGUUUGGCCGCCCGCUAAGAUACCUGCGGAGAAGGCUAAUGGCUCGUUUACACUUGCAAUUUUUGCUGCGAUUUUAGGUGCGAUUUUCGUCUUCUAAUGCAUGUGAACGAGUGGAUAAGUUAUGAAUGUUCAGAUGAGGGUACAUGUACUCAGAACAUUCAUAACUCAUCCACUCGUUCACAUGCAUAAUAGAAAGAUGUUUACUCGAUUACGCCUUGUGUAGUAUAUUAUAGAGGUUCAGAUUUGAGUUCCGCUACCACUACCUCUAACUGACUUACAGUAGUACGCACCUGAUUGGUUAAUCCAAUAUAUUAAACGCAUCUGAUUGGUUGAUGGUCCCUUAAUAGUAUAUAGUGGUAGUGGAAGUCAAGUUUGAACCUUUAUACCGGGUGUCCCAAAAAAAAGUACUCCGGUUUGAUACUCCGGUUUGAUUCUUAAUAAUUUCAAAGCGAGUGAAGCAAUUCGACUCAAAUAACUUUCAUGAAACACAGGAAAGGCUAACUUAGAUUUUGAUAUACAGGUAUUAGAUGUUUUCGCUCAUUAUUUACUGAGAUACUAACGUUUGAAUUUAUGCAAAUUUUUGAUCGAUUUUUAAAAAUACCCAAAAACAGGUUAAGGAGUAAUAAAUUUUCUUGAACGACCUAUUCAUAUUUUGAGUAUAUAGUCUCAAACGAACAAAACAAAGUUGACUGUUUCUAAGUUUGAAUAGGGUGAAUAUGGUAGUUUAAAUAAUACUGUUCUAGCCAUCUUUUUGCGAAUAUAUAUUACUGUAUCAGCGCUAUAUUUUUUAUACAUUUUGUUCCAAGAAUGUUGCAUGUCUCUGGGGAGUUGCAUGUUAUGUUAUGUUAUGUUCAGCGUUAUGUUAUGGUUUAAUUGUGUUUCGUUUUGAGUAUGCCAAGAUUAACUAAGGAUCAAAGAGUCUGGAUUUGUUUAGAGCAUGUAAGAUUCCAAAACGCGGCAGAAGUAAGCAUGGGUAAUACUCCUGCCCCGACAACACGAACAAUAAUUUGCGCAACGCACAAGAAGUUUUUGCGUGAAGCGACAUGCCACGACGCUAUGCAUGGUCUCCGACGAGCUAUAGGCAAUGCAUUCGUGUUAGAGGUCACGCGAUUCCGAACGAAUAAAUCUUGUUUGUAUUUUGUAAAUAAUAAUAAUACUUCGUUUCACAAUAAACAUUUUAUCAAGUUUCAUCAAUUCACUCAUAAUAAUACGUCUUUAAGUUGAGCAGCGCUUGUUUAAUAUUUGAUACGCCGUUUUUCGCAAAUUCUUGACACAUCCAGAAAUAUACUACCAAAUUUGAACAUUAUAAUAUCUCGCUCAGUUUUUUUAUAAAUAUACAACUUUACUGUCUGUAACAUAUCAAAAUCUAAGUUAGCCUUUCCUCUAUCUAAUAAAAUAUAUUUGAGUGUAAUAGCUUCACUCGCUUCAGAGUUAUUAAGAAUCAAACCGGAGUACUUUUUUUUGGGACACCCGGUAUAUAUUGAGCGCAAGUGUGCGUUAUUUCAGCGCAACGUUCGUUGUCUUCCGAAAUUGAUCUCAAGCCUGGUGGAUUAACACACGCCAUUUUCAUGCACGAUCUGUUUGCCUUCGCUGAAUAUUCCGAGUUGAGCUCUCUUAACACUGUAAAAGACCUGCGUAUAAUAUGUAUACAUUAUAUGAGUACGUGUUUAACGACGUUUGUUUCGUUUAGAUCCACGACAACAUUGAUCGUGGUAGUUUCCAAAUGAUGAUGAAAGUUUACGUCAAAACUAGCAUUGAAGCUCGCGGCCUAAACUGGAUGCCUUGCAUGUUACAAACUAUUGUGAUUACUAUUGCCGUGAUAUUUCUAGAUAGUCCAACAUUUUAUUAUACAGUGUGUAAAUACAGCUAUACAGUAUGUAUAUCAUUAAUUUAUUUGACAUUAAUAAAUUUCUGUGACGACUCGGA